CUCGAGUCGAGCCGAGUCCGCGUUGUCCGUGGCGCGAUCUCCCGUUAGUCGAUCUCUCGCGUGUGUCGCAACAUGCAGCGAGCUUCACGCGUGAUCACCGCCAGAGUCGUUAUCAUGGCCUCCUAGAAGUCGCGACGAGGACUCCGCUCGGGCCCGAACGAUACGCGCGAUCCUCGCCAGCCCUCCUGCGCUUUCCUCGUAUCUUCCUCAAGGAAGAUCUGUGUGCUGUGAUUUAUCACUCAGGGGGCCAAAACACGCGCAACAACGGACAACCCCACAGGACCGGGGGGUGCUUCUCGUGUCUCGGGAGGAAGGGACGAUAUUCGCUCCCUAUCCACUGAGCAACGCUGGAUCCCUCCUUCAACUGUUAGACGCGAUGCACUCACCCCAGAAAGCCGAAAUGAUCUCAUCUUUAGAAAGGUGCGGGGUAUUCUUAACAAGCUCACACCGGAAAAGUUCGCAAAGCUGAGCAACGACCUGCUCAACGUUGAGCUUAAUUCCCAUGUGAUUCUUAAGGGUGUUAUUUUCUUGAUCUUCGAAAAAGCACUUGAUGAACCCAAGUACAGUUCUAUGUACGCACGGCUGUGCAAACAGCUGUCUGACGAAGCCGCAAACUUUGAACCCCGAAAACCGAUCGAUGAAAGUCAAAAAGGCCAGAGCACAUUCAGAGUUCUUUUACUUAACAAGUGCAAAGACGAGUUUGAAAAUCGUUCAAAAGCAAGCGAGGCGUUUGAGAAUCAGGAUGAGUUGGGUCCCGAGGAGGAGGAGCGCCGGCAGGUGGCCAAGCGCAAGAUGCUUGGUAACAUCAAGUUCAUCGGGGAGCUCGGCAAGCUGGGAAUCGUGUCGGAGACGAUUUUACAUCGUUGCAUCCAGCAGUUGUUGGAGAAGAAAAGGCGAGGGGGAUCCCGGGGGGACACUGCGGAGGAUAUCGAAUGUCUCUGCCAGAUUAUGCGUACCUGCGGCCGUAUCCUUGACUCGGAUAAGGGCCGCGGACUCAUGGAUCAAUACUUCAAACGUAUGAACUCCCUGGCGGAGAGUAGGGAACUUCCUCUACGCAUUAAAUUCAUGCUGCGCGAUGUGAUUGAGCUGCGCCGUGACGAUUGGAAACCACGCAAGGCCACCAGCAGCGAGGGCCCGAUGCCCAUUCAUCAGAUCCGCAACGACAACGAAGAGCCUUCGAGGGGAAACGGUUUCCACAGACGGGACGAUCGCCUCGGUGCGGAGUUUUUACGAAAGAUGGGACGAGGCGCACUAGAUGUCGAUGGGAUGAUGGGAGGUAUCCCACUGACUUCCUCCUCAUUCGGUAUAUCAUCACCAUUCAGCCCGAAUGGAUUCGCAGGGACACCCGGCGGGGUUGGUUACGGCCGACCUAACCAACGUAAUCAACCGGGUUACUAUCCGAACCAGAGUCGUCAUCAGAACAAUUACGAAGGGAAACGCAACCAACCGCAACACAAUUUACCGCAGAAUUUCAACAAUAAUAGCAAUAAAGAGCAACUGCGAUUCAACAAGAACAAGAUGCUGAUCGGAGGUCAUCCGGAAGAAGUAUCUCUGAGACCCUCAGCCAAUUCGAUGAUGUUCAAACAGACUAACAUCAAUUUGAACCUACCUCUCAAUAAUGAUUUGUUCCCAGGACGAGGUUCAGACUUGCCUCUCUUACGUACUGCCACUCUGAAGCCCAGCUCGCCUCUACUGCAUAAAGAGGCACCACCUGCUAUUGUAAUUAAGCAAGGUCCCGUAGACAAGAGAGAGAAAGCUCGGGACAGAAAAGACAAAGGACCCACUCGCGAGGAAGUGUUGAAGAAGGUUAACGCCCUAAUGGACGAUCUCACGUCCCACACGAACGUGCAGGACGCUCUGACAGCCUUCAAAGAUCUUAAGAUUCCCGAACGAUUUCUGCGCCAUGCAAUUUACACGCUGUAUUCGAACACGCUGGAUCGCGGGGAUUCGGAGCGCGAGCUCGCCUCCAAGCUCGUGGCCGACUUGAAGAAGGAGAACCUGCUCACUCUGCAGCAAGUGAGCGAAGGAUGGAAGGAACUCGUAUCCAGUAUAUCGGAGAAGGAGAGUACCGUGCCUUGCGUAGCAUCCCACGUUGCCUUCCUGACAGCCAAGGCCAUAGUGGACAAUCUGAUCCAGUUGACGGAUCUUGCCUCGGAAACGGAAAAUGGUCGUCAUCACCCGCUGUUCCUGCUGACGCUCCAGCAACUACAUAAGACACAAGGCAAGGCGAGACUCACGCAGAUUUUCAACGACAGCAAGGUGGAUCUCAUCAGUCAACUGCCAGAAGCAGAGAAGACGAAGGAGCGACUGGGCGAAAUCUUGGAGGACAGAGAAUUGACUUUCCUCUAUCCCCUUCUCAGAAUCCAAGGGGACAUGUGGCGUCAACUAGAAGCCGAUCCAGCGCCUAAUGCUCUUUACAAAUGGAUUAAGGAGAAGCUGGACCCCCAACAUCACUCCGAUCCCGCGUUUAUUAACGCUAUGAUGAACGUACUUUUCAAGUACAUCACUCAGGAGACAACACUGGCACCUGGCGUUGAUCCAAUCGUGAAUCCGGAAAAACAACUGCAAGAGAAGGAAAGUGCGCUACUGCAGAAAUAUGCACGCUUCAUUCGCACAUUCCUAACUACCAUCGACUCGCAAGUUACGGCUCUCCACGCGCUUCAAGUGUUCUGCUUCUCGCACAAUUUCCCGAAAGGGCUGCUGCUGCGAUGGUUCAUAGCACUUUACAACCUUGAAGUCAUCGAAGAGGAAGCCUAUCACAAAUGGAGAGAAGCCGUCACCGAUGCUUAUCCUGGCAAGGGCAAAGCAUUAUUCCAGGUAAAUUCAUGGUUAACAUGGCUUGCCGAAGCAUCGGAGGAAGAAGAAGAAGACGAUGAAGACGAGAAGAAUUAAUGGCAAGAGCCUCAAGAGCAUUAUUCAGACUACCUAUGAUUUUGAAUAGGAUUUUACUAUCAUUAUCGCUGAACCACAGAAAGGGUUUCAGUUUUACUAAUUGAGUUAUCUCUAUCCAGAGUUACAAACAUCUUGUUAGUCUGUCUCAAGCCCUCUCGCGUGAUCGAAAGAAAGGACUUUACAAUCAUGUUUGGAAAAGGAGUAGUUCGUAGGCAGUGGAGUGGUUACGACAGACAUUGCAGACAAGACGUUUUAGAAUUUUUUUUUUAGAUAAUUAAAUAUCAAAAUAUAAUUUAUGAAGAAAAAAGAAUUAUUGGGCCGCACAGCAGAUUAAAAAUAUCAAGAGUUUACUACGCCGCUGUAUGAUCACCGGCGAAACGUAAAAAAAAAGAAACAAGAGAAAAUUAAUCUGGUGAUUUGUGUUGUCCAAGUUUUCGUCUAGUAUUGUGCAUGUGUCACGUUUUGUAAGUCUCUUUAUUUGUCCGCAGAAACAAGUGCAGUCGUUUGUAUCUCUGUGUACCAACUUUUACAUUUAUUAUGAGGAAUUAUUAUGAUUAUUACCAUAUUAUUAGUAUCAAUUAUUAAUAUUAUUAUUCAAUUAUACAUUAUUGAUUACACAAUAAUCGAAAUGUAUCUACAUCUUCCUAACGAAAAAAAAAACACGAAAAAAAAUAAUACGAAAUUAAUCAGAACACUGGGUCAGACUCAGUAACGAGAAGGAAAAUUUCAUCGAGUGAGGUGCACAUUUCGUUUUUUUCUUUUUUCGAUGCGGGAACGAAAUCUUUAGAUCGCGGUUAUUAGAGACAAUUGAGUUUAAACCAAUCAGCUAUAAAAGAGAGGAAAAAGUAAUCAGGAGAAAAAUCAACACCGUUUGCCUGUGUACCUAUCUGCUGCGCCACAAUUCUAAUAAGUAUACUAAUUGAUUAUUACAGUUAUAACAACCAGCAGCCAACAUCACAUCCAUUUAAACGUAAUUAAUUAGCCAACACUAGUGACACGACUAAAUCGUAUUUAAAAAAAAGGUGGAAAAAAAUAAAUACGCCUUGGUGUAAUUUAUUACAGAUGGCCCCCUGGUUGUUGUGUUGUUGCGCUUGAUGACCAACCACUAUCAUUACCAUCACCACCAUCACCACUACUAUCACCACCACCACCACCACCACCUCAACCACCAUCAUUACCAUCACAAUCACCAGUACCACCUCACUUCACCUCACCUCACACUUCCCGUCUCACACAAACAUUAUCGUAUUUUCUUUUCCUCUUUUUCUGUUUUCCGUUUUUGAUAUCUCGUUCGUACCGAGUCACGCGGAUCGAUAUGCGUGUCGAUCAUCUCUCGAGGAUAAUCGCGCGCGUAUCGAUUGAAGUCAUGAUGAUAGAUAGCAGGUACCAGGAAAAAUUGAAAGAUAGAGAGAGAGGGAAAGAGCGGCGGAUGUAUUUCCCGUAUCGUCGUCGCUCUCGGUGUGAUUAAAGCGAUUGUAAAUCUGCAGACCGGCUGCGAAAUGCCGACAAUUGUGAAGCGCUGAGGAUGCAAGUGGCCGUGAGUCAUACGACGUAUCACACGAGCCACACGAGAUAACGAAGCGGAAGUUACUGUUUUGUAGAGUUAAUUGUUUUUCCAUUCAAGUUGAAAUGUUUCCCCGAAAUCGGACUCCGUCCACCUGUGUGUUCUCAGCGCUCCAAUUGAGCCUGAGGUAUUUUGUGCAAUAACGUCUUUUCGACGCGAUCAUCAUUUCUUUUCUUCGUUCGAUGGAGACGCUCGUUUUUUGAGCUCCACGUUACGGACGAUCUUGUAAUUGGCGACGGUUGUUCUUGACGAAAUUUUCCCGCGACGUCGCGAAAAUUCUUUCGCGUGCCGUGUAACGGAGAACAAACGCCCCCGAAGAUUCGCAGGUGUAACGCGAUACACGUAGAACUGCCAUUCCGCCGAGUCUUCGAGGUAUCCUCUCGCGAGUUAGGAUUCCGUUGCAAAUUCCAGAUCGUCCGCAAUGGGCACACCGCACCCUUCCCCCCCUGUACGUUUAUCAGUUCUUUCUUCGUAGUAACUUAUCACAAACGUGUAUCCUUAUCGGAACUGUAACUGCCGAGAAUGUAUAUGUAUAGAUCGAAAUGUGUCGAUAUACCGCGUGAGAAUUUUGGAUACAACUAUUGUCGUGUUGGUGUGUGAUGUUUGUCGUUAGAAUAUUGUACAUACAUAUAUACAUAACACACAUAUAUCCCAUGUUAUUUCACGGUUUCUAUCAUAGUUUUAUACCGCCGGACUGAAAGUGUGUUCCUCUCUCUGCUUAAACUUUUUAUUUCGUUUUCUUCUCCUCGAACGGCAUCUCUGUUCGCUCCCCUCACCGAUAGAACGGCUGACAAUGUACUGCUGUAUUGUAUCGCGGAGCGUCGCCAAGCUAAGAUCCGUAUCGUUAUCGCUCACGAACUUUAAUCACGUCUUCAUCGAGAUGCCGCACUUUAUCGCACGGGUUAUAUGCAUUAUUCGCGAACCGGUUUGGCAGCACUCGAGCAUACGCACCGAAUGCCGACGAACGAUUUCUCCGGGUUUUUUGCGCACACCGAGGUGGCAUAAAGUGAAUGAGAGUAGUUCGUAAUGUUCAACGAAAAGAAAAGAAAAAAGAAAGAAGCAAGAUUCGUUCGAGAGAAUCCAGUAAUAAAAUGUCAUGUACCACAGCGUGUGUAUUCUCGCAAAAGUAAUAAUAAUGUGUCCUCCAUUUUCGUUGUAGUAGACUUCGAAAAAAAAGAGAGAGAGA